ACUCGACAGAAGUCACAAGAAGAUUCUCCCCGACAUGUCUCGACGUCGGGAAAUGUUAUCAUUGAAGCCGAUUCGCCUUUGGCUCCGGAACUUACUGCGGAGGCACUUCCUGCCAAGGUAAAAAUUCCACAAAUUGGCAUGUAUGAUGGAACUUCGGAUCCAGACGCGCACUUAGGCCAUUAUACGUCAUGGAUGGAUUUGCAAGGAGCCUCGGAUGCUUUGAGAUGUCGGAUGUUUUCCCUCACACUGGGGCCACGGGCACAAAAAUGGUAUUAUACUCUUCUGCCUCACUCAAUUUGGAAGUGGCAACAAUUACGUGCAGCUUUCCGGUCACACUUCAUCGGAGCUCAAGUUUAUCUUAUCCCAAAAGAAUCGAUCACUAAUAUCGUACAAAAGGAUGAUGAAACCGUAAAAGAUUACAUAUCUCGGUUUAACGACCUAAUUCAGAACAUGGAACCUUGUCACCCUGAGACCCUACUAGUGACUGCAAUUGCUGGGUUAAAGCCCAAUUCGAUGUUUCGCUGGACCUUAUGUCAAAACAAGCUGGCUACUUUUCAAGAAUUCCUCGUACGAGCUCAACAAUUCAUUAUCGCUGAGGAGUCGAUGUCGGUUCCUAGUUUCGACUUCUCGGUGAGGGAGAAUAAGACUGAGUCAGAUGCGAAAAAGAAGAAUAAGAAGAAUUUUGGGAAAGCGCAAUAUCGGAAUUACUCAAAAGGGUAUGAAAAUACUCUGGAAUCCAGAGCUGCCCGAGAUCAGUAUGCCGACAACGUGAGGACAGGCUAUCAAACCGUUUAUUCGGCCGGAGCAGCCACAAUUUUUAAAGAACUGAAAGGAAAGGGAAUUAUUCCUGAUCCAAAACCAGUAAUAACUUUUGAAGACAAGCUGGACAAAUCUCGAUACUGUGCGUACCAUAAAUCUCCGGGAAACAAUACCGAUGAAUGCCUCGGCCUCUUAUCGGCCCUUUUAC